CUUUUCAAACCAAAAGCCUUUGCUAAAGCGAAAAUCAGAACCCUGCUGCCGAGUGCUCGAUUCUCCACUUGAUUUUCAGGGCAUUGCUUCGAUUCUCUCUGCAAUUCAGUUGUCUGCAACUUCGCCGCGAAGAGCGGAAUAAAGAGAGGAUGAAAAUGGUGGAAAGCAGCGAAGAGGAAGAUGAUUUCCCCUCCAUGGAAAGCGUCACGCCUCAGUCCAAGAUCGACACUGUCUAUCAGUCCAAAACUGAAAAGGGAAUCAGAAAGAUCUGUUUUGAGCUAUUGGAUUUGAAAGAUGCAGUUGAGAACUUGUGCAGCAAUACUCGAACAAAGUAUUUGGCCUUUUUAAGGUUAUCCGAUGAAGUGGUUGAAAUGAAGCACGAGUUAAAUGAGCUCCAAAAGCAUAUCUCUUCCCAUGGGAUUCUUAUCCAGGAUUUAAUGAGUGGCGUGUCUCGUGAAUUGGAAGAAUGGAGUGGAGCUGGUGGAGAGGUCUCGGAGGCUGAGGACCCUCUAACUAAUGAAACUGAUGGAAUAUUCUCAACUGAAGUGGAAGAUCGACGAAUGCUGUUUUUGGAGCAUGUGGAUGUUCUACUGGCAGAGCAUAAAAUAGAAGAAGCAAUAGAUGCAAUUGAUACAGAAGAGCGAACUUACCCCGAGCUGAAAGGGACGGGGGAUAGUACAACUGAUGAAAGCUCCUCUUUCAAGUCUGCCCUCUCGAAGAGAAAAGCCAUGCUUGAAAACCAGCUCAUUGAGAUUAGCCGACAGCCCUCAGUUGGUAUUCUAGAACUGAGGAAGGUAUUGUCCAGUUUAUUGAAGCUUGGGAAGGGCCCCUUGGCACAUCAGAUAUUUUUGAAAUCUUACGGUUCUCGUCUCCAGAGAAGCAUAGAAGAUUUUCUUGCACUGUGCCCUUGCUAUCCGGAAACGUAUUCCGCCACUCUGUCUAAUCUCGUCUUCUCUAUGAUUUCAUUGGCAAACAAAGAUUCUGGCCAGAUGUUUGGCGAUAACCCUCUUUAUAGUAACAAAAUAGUUCAAUGGGCAGAAUGGGAGAUAGAAUCGUUGGUUCGAUUGGUCAAGGAAAACGCGCCUCCUUCUGAGACAUCUUCUGCUUUGCGUGCGGCUAGUGUGUUUGUUCAGGCAAGUCUUAACCACUGCUCCGAAUUGGAAAAGCAGGAUCUGAAGCUAACGAAGCUACUUCUCGUGCUCUUGCAACCUUACGUUGAAGAGGUGCUUGAGUUAAACUUCCGAAGGGCCAGAAAAUUGGCUCUUGAUUUGGUCGGAACUGAUGAAAGCAUGCCACUAUCACCUCGUUUGGCGUCUCCUCUUUCUACAUUUGCAACUUCAUCUGAUCGUCUGCUUGUUGAUUGCGGGAUGAGAUUCAUUUUUGCUGUCAAGGAGAUAGCCGAGCAGCUAACUCGCUUGGUCAUCCUGCACUUUGGAGGAAACAUACUGACACGUAUAUCGGAGCUUUUUGACAAGUAUGUGGAAGUCUUGAUUAAAUCUUUAACCGGUGCAACUGAAGAUGACAACUUGACUGACCUAAAGGAACAUGUGCCUUUCAACGCGGAGACAGACUCUCAGCAGCUUGCGUUAUUGGGAACUGCAUUUACAAUUGUCGAAGAGUUAUUGCCUAUGGUAGUGUCGAGAAUCUGGAACGCGUUGGGUGAAAGCAAAGAAUCGGGAGAUGGUCUAACAGAGAAUGCAAUGACUCCUAUUAACAGUAGUAUCGAUCCUAAAGAAUGGAGGCGUCAGCUUCAACAAUCUCUCGACAAACUAAGGGAUCAUUUCUGUCGACAAUAUGUUUUAAGUUUCAUUUAUUCAAGAGAUGGCGAGACCAGAUUAGAAGCGCAGAUAUAUAUCGGUGGAAAAGGAAAAGAUUUACUCUGGAACUCCGAUCCUCUUCCUUCGUUGCCAUUCCAGGCAUUAUUCGGGAAGCUGCAGCAACUGGCCGCGGUGGCAGGGGAUGUUCUGUUAGGAAAAGAGAAGAUACAGAAGGUUCUACUGGCUAGGUUGACAGAAACCGUGGUGAUGUGGUUGUCGAAUGAGGAGGAAUUCUGGGGAGUUCUGGAGAACGAGUCAGCUCCUCUUCGCCCAGUUGGUUUGCAGCAGUUGAUACUCGAUAUGCACUUCACUGUUGAGAUUGCGCGGUUUGCUGGCUAUCCAUCUCGACACCUCAACAAGAUAUCAUCAGACAUAAUUGCCCGCGCUGUCAAGGCAUUCGCUGCUAGAGGAGUAGAUCCACAGAGCUCGGUUCCUGAGGAUGAAUGGUUCGUGGAAACUGCAAAAGGCGCGAUAAACAAGCUUCUGAUGGGGGGCUCCGGCUCGGAUGUGUCGGAGGUUGAUGAUGAGGAAGACGACGAGCACAUCAUCAUGGACGACGAAGUCGUCUCGGACUCAGACGAUUCGCCCUCGUCGCUGUCGUCAGUGGAGAGUGAUGAGUCAUUUGCUUCUGCACAAAUGGAGGAAUUGGAUAGCCCUGUUUUGACUGAUUCUGAGAAUUGAUGCUUCUGAAAUGUUUUGUAGAGACGAUUGGUAUUGUAUGUUGUUUUAGUGCAGAUUCAUUGUGUAAUGGUAGUACUAGUAUUUAUUGUCUUGGACAAGCAAGCAGUCAAUGUUGUAAUCGUAACCCUAUAUAUAUACAUGUUGCAUUUCAUCUUUA